AACAGUCCAAGGAGAGUGCUUCUGCGGAGACGUCCUGCUUAUACUUACUCCAACGCCGGUCUCCUCUCACCGUCUCCUCUCCUUCAUCUCCCCGCAAGCCCGAACCGGCGCAGCCAUGUUCUCGACCCUUCCGUCGUCGCUGUUGCUCGCUGUCUCCGCCGCGCUCUCCUUUGUUCAAGUGGGCGCCCAGUCGACAUCUGGGUCUACAACCGUCCAGGUCACGAUCUCUGGGUCCUCAAGCUUUGGCACGACCGUGCCGCCUUCUAGUAGCGCGAGCGCGAACGGGAGCGGCUCGCUGAGCGGGUCCGCGACCAGCACAGCGUCCUUGCCGAGUUUCAGCGGGUACUCAGCCUGCGUCGACAAUUGCAUCGACUCCGCCGUCGCAUUCACGGGCUGCUCGAGCGUCGCUGACGUCGACUGCUUCUGCGGGGGCACCAACUCUACCGCGUUCGCCCAGAACCUGACAUCCUGCAUGGCGAAUUACUGCCCAAGCAGCAUCGGCUCCGCAGAGUCGCUCGCGAACCAGUUCUGCGCAGUCGCUUCGCCCAGCACGUCCAUCAGCUUCGCGACCACGUCCCUCCCAUCGACGACCAGCGCCUCCGCUACCAACACGUCGAGCUCUGCGUCCCGCUCUGCGUCUCGCUCUGCCACCUCUAGCUCGACAUCCGCCUCCGCCACUACCAGCACGAGCGCGGGGAUGCGGCUAGGCGCAGAUAGCAAGGUGGUUGUCACCAUGGCAGCUGGGCUGGUCAUGGCGGCGCUGGGCGUGCUCAGCGCAUUAUGAGACUGCAUAUCGGACAGAUUCUGGGGCUUGGACAUGGACAGUAACAUUUUACAUAUAGCUUUAUUUAAUGGAACGUCCCUUCGGUCGAGACACACGUCGCUGCAGAAGAGCGGAUACCCCUGUAAUACUAUACCUGCGGAUCGGGACUGUAGGGUCGCAGAUCACAGUGACAUGCCUGAAGAUGCAGCAGAGAGUAAGCAUU